AUGAAUUAUCUAUCUAUCUAUCUAUCUAUCUAUCUAUCUAUCUAUCUUGAGAAUCUAACGCGUCGUGAUGACAUAACUGAUGCUACUGAUGCCAGCCUUUCAGUCCGUUCAAUGGUACUUUCUGUGGAAAUGCGGGCAGCAGAGCGUGAUGCCAUCUGGGAAAGGCGUACCGAAGUUUGCUCUGUGGUUUCACUUACCCUUGCUGAUCUUGUAGAGGAGGCAGCAGCCGUGCGCCGUCCAAAAAUUCCUUUUUAUCUCUGUCAUUUCAUUUCUAUUUCAGUUGGCUUUUCUCUAUCCAAUAUUUACAAUAUUUUAUGCGAGGCUUCGCUUACAUUUUAUCCAUUUGCCGCGAUGUUAGACUAUUUACAUGCACUCAUAUCUAUCUAUCUGUCUAUCUAUCUAUCUAUCUAUCUAUCUAUCUAUCUAUCUAUCUAUCUAUAUAUAUAUAUAUAUAUAUGUAUAGAAAUUGGAUCCAUUCCCAAAUAA